GUCCAGUCCAGUCUGUGAUGUCAGUGCUGGUGCCGGCUCAGCCCCUCCCUCCUCCGGUGCUCUCCGCAGUCCGCAGUAACCGAGCACCGGAGCAGACUGCAGUCUCCAUCCAGCCCGCUCCUCCCUGCGCACAUGACUUUCACUCCAGUUUUCGUGUUGUUGGCCCUCGUGGCUUCAGCUGCAGGAAGUGUUGGGCCGAGCACCAACACCAGCUUCUGCACAGAGUCGAAGGAAUGUCUGCAGUACGAGCUCGUCUGCAAAACAGAUGAAUAUGAGGUGCGACACUACAGCCCCACACGCUGGGUGUCAACUGAUGCCGAGGCUUAUUUCAUGGGAGUGGGUGCAGCCAUGGCUUUCAGGAGACUUUUCCAGUACAUCACCGGAGCCAAUGAUGGAGGCAUCCAGAUGGACAUGACCGCUCCUGUCCUGGUCAAGAUCCCAGAGGAGACCAGGAUGUGGGAGCCGGCUAUCUACACGCUAAACUUCCCGCUGCCGGCCGCCUAUCAGGACAAACCGCCCGCACCCACCUGUGACAAGCUGUAUUUCACGGAGAUGCCGGAGAUGGACGUGUACGUGAGGAGCUACGGAGGCUGGAUGCUGUCGGUCACCUCCAGGCUUCACUCGCACCAACUGACCAAAGAACUGCAGAGAGUUCGAGCUUCGUACAACCACAGCUACCACUACGGAGUCGGCUACGACAGCCCCUUGAAGCUGUUGAACAGACACAACGAGGUGUGGUAUGUGGCCGAGGGGGAGCCAGUUUGCACAGAUCCACAGGAACCGACCCCCGCCCACACAGCCAGGCCGACUCUGACCGACUCCCCCACGCUCCCUCCCUCCGACCCUCUCCCACACACACUCUCUGACUCCCCCUCACUCACCCCCUCCAACUUCUCCUCCUAUGCAGCAUCCAACUCCUCGUCACAAACGCCGUCUGACCCUCCUGCUUUCCCCCCAUCCGACACUCCUCCCAGUGCCUCAUCCCACCUGCCCACAGACGUCGGCCAUCCUCCCACCACCGUCCAGAUCCCUCUGGACCCAACGACCAACUCCUCCUCCUCCUCCUCCUCCUCCUCCGACCCUGGCGCUGUGAGCCCUUCUCUGGAGCCCCAGUCGGACGUUGUCCUGUGGAACAGCACGGCCCACAGCUCAGUGGACGCACAGACUGACAGCAGCCCUGCGGUGGAGCCAGACAACGCUCACUAACAACCUUCAUGUUGUCUGUCAGCAGCCACCAGGUAUAUUAACAUGGAGUCUAAGUAGAAAAGAAGCAGUGGAGGUGUGGACACGCAUAUCUUUAUUCCGGUGUGUUACACUAACUCCUCUUUUAGUGAUUCACUAUAUGUUCUAUCACAGCUUUGCACCUGCAGCUUCCUGCAUCAGAAACACAAGCCUGUACACGAUCUGAUCAUACAACUGCAGUUAGGAUUACAUAAGACGUACGUGUUAGUCAGAAAGUUAGAAUUCAAAGUUACUGUGUCAGAUGUGAGGGCAGGGAGAGCGACGGUUUAAUGGAAACCUGUGUGUAAUAAUAUCAUUAUGAAUAAAAUGUACGCUGGGACACGUUAGGUCAUUAUAUCAGAGUAAACUUUACUGUGUUCUAUGCUCUUAUUAAUUAUUAUCAUUAUUUAGCUUCAAUUGUCCAUCGGGCUUCUUGUCAGUUGUUUUCAUGACAUGUGGCAACAUCAUUAUAAAUCAUUGGAAACAUUCACUGGGAUCUUCGGUGCAGCCGUAAACCUAAGUACUAAAACUGAAACUUUAAUACUAUGUCUUAUUGGAUUUCCCAAAUUAUAUUUAUAACUAUUAUUAUUUUUUAAAUUUACCAUGUCUAUGUAUUCGCGCUAAAGUAUCUUUAAAGACAGCGGCUAUAUUAUUGUUAACUUUGUGUUUUAAAUUUAAAAUUUCUCAGAUCAAUGAAAUAUCGAAUUCUCACUUGUCGAUGUUUUAAUGUCUUGGAAUCACAAGUUUAUUCCAAACCUGCAUAAAAAAGUUACAUGAGGGAUUUUCCUUCCUGUUUACUUUAACUUGAAUAUUUCAGGAUUUAAGCACAUGACUGAACAUUCAACCUCAAGAGUAAAGAAAGUAUAUAUAUAUAUUUAUACUGAAUAUUAAUAACAGUUGGUAGUGAUAAGUCGCUGAAACAGAUCUACCAAUAAAAAUCUGUUUUACUUAAAUUAUUGAGGUUUAAAAUCCUUUAAAAGACUUUCAUGUAUAUUAAGCAGUACGAAAUGCAUCAAGCAUAUUGGUCUGACUUUAAAGAAAUCACGAUAUAAUGUGCUUUGCUUGAUUUAUAACAAAACUUCCCGAUGGAAACUUCACACCUUUAACUCUUUAACUUGUUUUGUGCAAACAGUAAAAAAAAGCGGCCCCGCAUCACUUCUGCAUGAUUUUUAUCUUCAUCCAGAGACACUGAAUCCAAAUCACUUCCUAAUAUCGUCACAGAGCGAAGCUUAAAUCCUGACUCUGAUCUAACGGAGGUUGAACUGACCCAAAGAUCCCAGAGAAUCACAGCGGAUCAAACCAAUGCAAUAAAAGUCAUAUCAGUUAAAUUCUGUACAAACUGCUGCGUAAGAUAAACACUGUAUGUCUCUGAGGAAGGUGCAAUAAAAACCCGUAACAAAC